GAGUUUCUGGGCGUGAUUGGACUAUUGUGGUUCACUCAUAUUUAGAAUCACCAAAAGCAUGGACAUAGAAUUUUCAUGUUGGGUGCUUAUUGAAUCCUAGUUUUCUGGGCUAACCCCUCCCAAAAACAUAGAAUCUUUAGGCACAUGGAGUCAUGAGUUUUACUUUUUCUUCUUUAUUAAACUAUGAUGGUGCUUGCUUACUUUUGUUUACUUUUUGUGAUGUUCAUGAAAUGGUUUUGGCACUUGACUGGUGCUUAGUUUUCUGUGCUGAAUGGUGGUGUAAACUGAAGAAGAACUGAAGCUAAGAGAGUUGCUGCAUACUUUGAAGUUUUGAAGGAAGGUUGGUUCUCUUUGGCAGCAUGGUUAUGGGGAGAACACUGUUCAUCUUGGUUUUGUGCUUGUGGAUUCCCUUGGAAGUGGUGGGAAGGAAAGAACCUUUUUAUUCACCUACCACUGUGAAUUCCACUGUUUCUUCUAGACCGAAGGUUGUGAAGUUUGGUGCCCUCUUUAAUAUGGAUUCUGUCAUUGGAAGAUCAGCGUUACCUGCAAUUAUGGCUGCUGUUAAGGAUGUUAAUUCUAGCACCAGCAUUCUCCCUGGCAUUGAUCUGCAAGUUAUUUUACAUGAUACCAAUUGCAGUGCUUUUCUUGGAACAAUGGAAGCUCUGCAGUUGAUGGAGAAUGAUGUGGUUGCUGUUGUUGGUCCAGUGUCAUCUGGAAUAGCUCAUGUCAUAUCUCAUGUUGUUAAUGAACUCCAUGUGCCUCUUCUAUCGUUUGGGGCAACUGACCCCACUCUAUCUGCUCUACAAUACCCAUAUUUUGUCCGCACUACUCAGAACGACUAUUUUCAGAUGUAUGCAAUUGCAGACUUUGUUGAUUACUACAGAUGGAAGAAGGUGAUUGCCAUCUAUGUAGAUGAUGACAAUGGGAGGAAUGGAGUUUCUGUAUUGGGCGAUGCAAUGUCAAAGAAACGUGCCAAGAUCUCUUACAAGGCUGCUUUCCCUCCUGAAGCCAAAGAAAGUGACAUCAGUGACUUGUUAAAUGAAGUGAACUUAAUGGAAUCGCGGGUCUAUGUUCUACACGUGAAUCCUGAUCAUGGUUUAGCAAUUUUCUCCAUUGCCAAGAGGCUAAGAAUGAUGGACAGUGGCUAUGUUUGGAUUGCAACAGAUUGGCUUCCUUCAGUGCUGGAUUCCUUAGAUUCACCUGAUACUGACACAAUGGAUCUCUUGCAAGGUGUUGUGGCGUUUCGUCAUCACAUUCCUGAUACUGAUCUCAAGAAGAGUUUUCUCUCCAGGUUGAAAAGCCAAAGAGACAAUGAGACUGUGAGCUUCAAUUCUUAUGCACUUUAUGCAUAUGAUUCUGUUUGGUUAGCAGCUCGCGCCCUCGAUGCUUAUCUCAAUGAAGGUGGAAAUGUAUCUUUCUCCAGUGACCCUAAGUUGCGUGACACAAAUGGAAGCAUGCUGCAGUUAGCAUCGCUUCGUACCUUUGAUGGUGGUCCACAGUUUCUCAAGACAAUUUUGGGAAUGAACUUCACUGGUUUGAGUGGUCAAGUUGAGUUUGACAUGGACAAGAAUUUAGUUCAUCCAGCCUAUGAUAUUUUAAAUAUCGGUGGUAGUGGAUCCCGUAGAAUUGGUUAUUGGUCUAAUCACUCCGGUCUAUCAGUUAUAGCUCCUGAAGUUUUAUAUGAGAAAAAAUCAUCUAAGACUUCUUUAAAGAGCAAUCAAGAGCUGUACAGUGUGAUAUGGCCAGGAGAGGCCACAACUACACCAAGGGGAUGGGUGUUUCCCAACAAUGGACAGCCACUCAGGAUAGCAGUGCCGAACCGAGUGAGCUACACGGAUUUUGUUUCUAAAAGCAAGAACCCUCCAGGGGUACAAGGCUAUUGCAUUGAUGUCUUUGAAGCAGCCUUAAAAUUGUUGAAUUAUCCUGUCCCGAGACAAUAUAUAUUAUUUGGAAAUGGUGAAAGGAAUCCUAGCUACAACGAGCUUGUGGAGCAAGUUGCACAGAAUAACUUUGAUGCAGUUGUUGGAGAUGUUACAAUUGUUACAAAUAGGACAAGGAUUGUGGAUUUUACUCAACCUUUCAUGCCAUCAGGGCUUGUUGUUGUUGUUCCUGUGGAGGAGAAGAAGUCAAGCCCUUGGUCUUUCCUUGAGCCGUUCACUGCUCAAAUGUGGUUGGUCACUGGUGCUUUCUUUCUUUUCGUUGGGACUGCUGUGUGGAUUCUUGAGCACCGGCACAAUCCUGAGUUUCGUGGUUCUCCGAGGAAACAACUUAUAACAGUGUUUUGGUUUAGUUUCUCAACAAUGUUUUUCUCACACAGGGAGAACACUGUGAGUGGACUUGGGCGAUUGGUGCUAAUAAUAUGGCUCUUUGUGGUGUUGAUCAUAAAUUCAAGCUACACAGCUAGCUUGACAUCUAUCCUCACUGUGCAGCAACUGUCAUCACAAAUUGAAGGAAUUGACAGCUUGAUCUCAAGUACUCAACCAAUUGGAAUUCAAGACGGGUCAUUUGCACGCAAGUAUCUGAUAGAUGACCUUAAUAUAGCUGAAUCUAGGAUAGUUACAUUGAAAAACAUGGAGGAUUAUAUUGAUGCCCUUCAGCGUGGUCCUAAAGCUGGAGGGGUUGUGGCAGUUGUUGAUGAGCUUCCUUAUAUUGAGGUCUUGAUGUCCAGGACUGACUGUAAGUUCACAACUGUUGGGCAGGAGUUCACUAAAAGUGGAUGGGGAUUUGCAUUCCAAAGGGACUCUCCCCUUGCUGUUGAUUUGUCAACUGCCAUCCUUCAACUCUCUGAGAGUGGGGACCUGCAAAGGAUUCAUGACAAAUGGCUUAAUAAAAAGGAGUGUGCAACCGUUGAUGCUAAUUCAAACAAACUAGCUCUGACAAGCUUCUGGGGCCUCUUUCUUAUAUGUGGCAUUGCUUGUGUCAUUGCCCUGAUUAUUUUUUUUGCUAGAAUCUUCUGUCAAUACAACAAAUUCAGCCCCGAGCCUGAGAAGACCGACAAGGAAAUGCAACCAGUCAGGUCUAGACGUCCUAGCAGAACUCGUAGCCUCAAGAAGUUGAUGGUAUUUGUAGAUAGAAGAGAAGCAGAUAUCAAAGAGAUACUUAGGGAAAACAAAAAAAGGAGACACAGCAUUGGAUAAGCAUUCUGUUUCAUCAGCCACCUAGUUAACCAACCCCUCUACAUUUUUUUUGUUGGUGCAUCUUUUUUGUUUUGAUCCUUUUGGCAACCUUAGUGAUAUAGUGUUGGCACAAUUGCACAAAUUAGUCCACACUAGUGAAGGUAAAAUUCCUUCCUUCUUAGCAAGGAAACUGUGACAGCAAGAAUGUCACCACAAUAGUAUUUGAAAAAGGAAAAAAAUAAAUCAUGCUUUAGUUUGUACCUUUGCUUAGAAAAAGCUUGUGAAGAAAAAAACACCCUAACCGCUAUUCACAUCAUUGCAUAUAUGCUUUUCAUUUUCCAAGCUUUUUGGUGGUCCUUUUUAUGUUGAGUUUCAUUAUAAUCAUAAAUAUCUGCAAGGGUUUCAAGAUCACCAUGCUCAAUGUAGCAUACGGUGUUAAUGCGCACGAAUUGUUAAGUGACAUUUAUUCAAGUUUUAAUGUGAGCUCGUGUUAGUUGUA